AUGCUCCUCAACGACCGGGAGUCCUACAUGGUCAGCGACGCCGCCAGUCUAAAGUCCCUACUGGCGAGGGUUAACAGGGUUCUGUCUCGACUAAAGAAGGAAAAAGUCAUCACCGUCAAAGAAUGGUAUAUGGCAAAGCCCGCAGAGACACCGAUGGCGAGAUUCUACGGUCUUCCAAAGGUACACAAACCAGAUGUUCCCCUUCGACCAAUCGUCUCACUCCGAGGCACACCUACGUACGGGCUCGCAAAUUGGCUGUUUCAGAAGCUAAGAUUCCUAACCGCGGGCUCAGAAACAACCGUAAACUCAGCAGAGCAAUUCCUCGACAAAAUAAGGGCGGUCACGAUCCAACCGAAUGAGAGGAUGGUGUCAUUUGACGUCGUCUCACUCUUCACGUCCAUACCACAGGCCCUUGCGGUCGAGAUGCUCAGUGACCUGCUUCGUCAGAAUUACGCCGAGGGCGAUGGCCAGCCCACAGCUCAAGAUCUCAUAGAACUCAUGGGGCACUGCCUCAAGACAUUUUUUUUCCUUCGAGGGGAUCACCUAUGA